AAUUUCUUAGUGUGGUCGGCUGCCGGCGGUGCAAGUGCACUCGAGCAUCGUAUCGAGACCCAAGUCACGUACCAAACAUAACAAGAAAUGAAUCGAUUUGUUGAUUGUUACAGAGGAACUUUUGAAUAUUCUCGUGCAAAAGUCCACUCGGUUUAACAAGCUACUUGUGACGAGAAAAAUAAAUGAAUUACAGCUGAACACUGCAUGUGUCAAGACAGAGAUAACACAAGAUGUUAUCUCUCGAGGCAUUGCGAACAAACAUUGCACUCGGUUCUUCGCCUCGAUAAUGCUACUGCCCAAAACACUUCCAAUCGCAGUUCAGAGCUAGCUCGCAGACUCGCAUUCGUUGAUCGUCGCGAUGGAUGAAUUUCACAUCACCAAGGUAGACGUGAAGGACGUGAGAUUUCCAACUUCGUUGAAUCUCGACGGCAGCGAUGCGAUGCACACGAGCCCGGACUACUCGUGCGCAUACGUAACGAUCAGGACCAAUGACGAGAACGUCGAGGGCUACGGUUUGACGUUCACCUGCGGCCGAGGCACCGAGAUUGUUGUCCAGGCGUGUCGAGUUAUUUCGAAGCUGAUCAUCGGUACGAAGUUGAGCGACAUUUACCAUGAUUUUGCUGCAUAUUGGAGGAUGAUAACCAGUGAUCCGCAAUUGCGAUGGCUCGGACCGGAAAAAGGAGUGAUGCAUUUGGCCACUGCGGCCCUGGUCAAUGGCCUCUGGGAUUUGUGGGCGCGCAUCGAGUCGAAGCCGCUGUGGAAACUACUCGUCGACAUGUCACCCGAGCAGCUGAUCUCUUGCAUCGAUUUUCGAUACAUUACCGAUGCCAUCACCAAGGACGAGGCUGUGGCGAUGCUACGAGCCAAUUCGUCGCGCAGAGCCGAGCUUGAGUCGAGUCUCCGCGCUACCGGUCUGCCGGCUUACACGACGCAGAUCGGCUGGCUGGGCUACGGCGAUGAGCAGCUCAAGUCGCUUUGCGCCAAGUACUUGGCCCAGGGAUACAAGGCGUUCAAGGCCAAAGUCGGCCAGGACCUGGUCAGCGACUUGCGACGCUGCGAAAUCAUCAGGAAGGCCAUUGGUUACGAGAAAGAUCUGAUGGUCGAUGCCAACCAGGUCUGGGACGUCGACCAGGCCGUUGAUUGGAUGAAGAAUUUAGCGAAAUUCAAGCUCAAGUGGAUCGAAGAGCCUACGUCCCCCGACGACGUAGCCGGGCAUGCAAAAAUUAGGGAGCAGCUUCGGCCGUUCGGUAUUGGAGUUGCUACGGGUGAAAUGUGUGCCAAUAGAGUCAUGUUUAAACAGCUACUGCAAAUGAAGGCCAUCGAUUAUUGUCAAAUCGAUUCGGCGAGGAUCGGCGGAAUCAAUGAAAUUCUGGCGGUGUACUUGAUGGCUAAAAAGUUCCAAGUACCAGUCUGCCCUCAUGCUGGAGGUGUGGGUCUCUGCGAGAUGGUCCAACACUUGCAGAUGUGGGAUUACAUCUGUUUAAGUGGAACUUUAAGGAACAGAAUGAUUGAGUAUGUUGAUCAACAACAUGAGCACUUUGAAAAUCCAACAGUAAUUAAAAAUGCACAUUAUAUGCCACCAACGAGUUACGGCUACUCCACAAAAAUGAAAGAAGAAAGUUUAAGAAAGUAUGAAUAUCCCCAUGGUACAGAAUGGCAGCGCAUGAUUCAUGAAAACAUUUUUCCAGCCCCUGAAUAAAAUUUAGCAUAAGAUUAU